AAAAAUAAUAUCAAAAGAUGACACAGUUUUUACCAGCUAAUCUUUUAGCAUUAUUUUCGGCACGUCCACCUAUUCCGUUUAAACCACCUGUGGAAGGUCUUAAAAAGCGAAAAAAUAGCCACUGUUAUGUUGGUUUAGGAGAUUUUGUAUCAAAUUUCGAGGUAAAGCCUCCUCCACCUGCAACUAGAGGUGAAACUAGAGAAGAAAAAGAAGAACGGAAAAAAUAUGAAAAAGAGACUGCAACAGCUAAGGAACUUGAAAGAAAACUAGCUUCAUGGGACCCACAUACUGAUCCUAAUGCUUCUGGUGAUCCAUUUAAAACAUUGUUUGUUGCAAGAAUAAAUUAUGACACAACAGAAUCAAAGCUGCGCAGGGAGUUAGAAACACAUGGUCCGAUUAGAAAGAUACACAUGGUUUAUAAUUUUGUUAAGCGAAAACCUAGAGGAUAUGCUUUUGUUGAAUUUGAACAUGAAAGGGAUAUGCAAGCGGCAUUUAAACACUCUGAUGGAAAGAAGAUUGAUGGUCGGCGUAUUGUAGUUGAUGUAGAAAGAGGUAGAACUGUUAAAAGUUGGCGACCAAGGAGAUUAGGUGGUGGUCUAGGGGGUACAAGAAGAGGUGGUCCUGAUGACAACAUUAGACAUUCAGGUCGUGUUGAUCAAUGGGAAAGUCGGGGUGGAGAUCGUGGUGAUAGAGACAAGGAUCGUGAUAGAGAACGAGACGAGCGUCGAGAAAGAAAAAGGAGUCGCUCACCAAGAGAAAAGGAACGAAAAGAACGCGACAGAAGUGAACGCGACAGAAGUGAACGAAGUGAAAGAAGUGAAAGACGGCGUGAUAAAGAUCGUGAUCGUGGUGACGAUCGCGAAGAUCGAAGUGAACGUAGACGCGAUAGAGACCGAGAUCGAAGAGAUAGGGACCGAGAUAGGCGCGGUGAUCGUGAAAAUGUGCGUCCUGAUGAUGACGUAAAAAAAGAACCCGAAGAAGAUGUUUAUGAAGAUACACGAAACUCAGAUAGAAACUAUGACUAUGGCAGGUAUGAUUCAGAAGAAAAUGGAAUAGCGCAAGAAGAGGCCUAAAUUUUGGCAUUGAUUAAAGAAAUGGUAAUAACGAUAUUAUGGAGAAUCGCAAUGUGAUGCUUUUCAGUAAUGAAGUCAAGUCCUUACGCUGUUGAAAAGCUAUGGAGUAUUUGCGUGCAGACGCAGCACUGUUUCAGAAUAGUAAUUUUAACUUUCAUUUUUACAAAAAUCUGAUUCGUUUUUUUUUCCCUUUAAUAAAUUUUAAAAUAUGACUGAGAA